ACUUUAUCUAUGAGAGUCAAAAAGUGUCUCACUUCUAUAACAUUCUGUGAAAGUUAAAUUUGUUGAAUUCUUUUUAACACACCAAGAGAUUUUUUCAUUCCUUUUUUUGCAUGUGUAUUUUGUUUUUUUUGUGACGUGUAAGAUUUCUCCUUGUUUGGAGUGGAGGAUUGUUAUCUGUACUUUUUUGGCUACUGGAGUUCUCUACAUGAGGUAUGGGCAUUUCAAUCCUAGACACUACUUUUAGAACUUCAUUUGUUUUGUUGUAGUUGCACAGAGAGAGAGCUAUAAAUUAGUCCUCAUGAAGCCAAUAAUUCAGAUAUAUACUUGAGGAAUUCCUUUUGGUACAAUUAUAUUUAUUUUUCCAAACAUUUUGUUUGAGCGAAAAUGAGAUGGCUAUCUACUGUUUCCUUAUUUUUUUGCAGGAAAGCAAAGGGUUGUUGACUUCCUCUCCCCUCCCUUCCUUCCUUCUUUCUGAAGGUACUGUACUCAUCUGAAAAAAGAGAACGAAGUGAUUGUUCCUGUUCUCUUUCUUAAGUCAUUUGAAACAUUGUCCUUGCUAGUUUUCUAAGUUUACUGCAAUCUCUACACAGGGAGCAAGAGAGAUUGCCAACAGGAAAGCAGGUAGACAGCUUAGCUCAUUCCAACUUCAACAAUUGGUCCUUCAUUCACCUCAGUCUGAUUGCACCCAACCUCUGUGUUAAUGCUGGGUUCUUGAAUACUUGAACUCCCUCUUUCCAAGGAAAGCAGACAAUGCAGAAGGAAUUAAAUACGAUGAAAAAUGAGGAUGUAUGUUUCAAUGUUGACAAAAUACACACAUCACACUGCCCGCAGCCAGUGGAGCCUGAUGUGAAGUCUCACAGAACUGCACCACUCAGUGAAGAAUUCAGGGCACAGCUUGCACAGUUCCAGUAUGGUCCUUCCCUGGGGGAUAUAGAAACCUUCCACGGAUCCUUAGAAGGAGGGUCCCGGAAACGCAAAAGCAUGCCCACAAAAAUGCCUCACACUAUCCCUACGGGAGAUCCUACGUCACCAUCACACGGAUCUGAAAACAACAAUGUAUGCUCCCCCAGUCUUCCUUUGAUGUACCAACAACCCACACAGCCCAAAUAUAACUCCCAAAUGAUUGAUCUGUGUGACAUUGGCUUUCAGUUCUACAGAAGUCUGGAGCACUUUGGAGCCAAGCCCAUUAAACAAGAACCAGUAAAGCCCAACAUGAUGUGGCCCAACACUCCUACAUUUGUGCAGACUCCUUACUCUUAUUACCCAAAAGUCCACCCUGGCCUGAUGUUUCCUUUUAUUAUGCCCCCAAACUUCCAUUUCAGGAAUUCCUUCCAACUGAAAAGAUCCCCGGAGCCAGCAUUCAGGAGGACUGAACUGAGGGAAAGUGGUGACAAUAAACAAAAGGUGGAAAGAGUAGAUGUCAACCUCCAGAUUGAUGACAGCUAUUAUGUUGAUGUAGGGGGAGAACAAAAACGAUGGCAAUGCCCAAUGUGUGAAAAGUCCUACACUUCCAAGUACAACCUGGUCACCCACAUCUUGGGACAUAGUGGCAUCAAACCUCAUGCUUGCACUCGGUGUGGCAAGCUUUUCAAGCAGCUGAGUCACUUGCACACUCAUAUGUUGACACACCAAGGCACUCGACCACAUAAGUGCCAGGUGUGUCACAAGGCUUUCACCCAAACCAGUCACCUGAAGAGACAUAUGAUGCAACACAGUGACAUCAAGCCCUACAACUGUAGGAUCUGUGGCAGAGGUUUUGCCUAUCCAAGUGAGCUGAAAGCCCACGAGUCCAAGCAUGAGAGUGGCCGAGAGAACAUUUGUGUUGAGUGUGGUCUUGACUUUCCAACCCUGGCCCAGCUGAAGAGACACUUAACAACCCAUCGAGGUCCUAUACAAUACAAUUGCACAGAAUGCGAUAAAACUUUCCAGUACCCAAGCCAGCUGCAAAAUCACAUGAUGAAGCACAAAGACAUCCGUCCAUACAUCUGUACUGAAUGUGGCAUGGAGUUUGUGCAGCCCCACCAUCUCAAGCAACACUCUUUAACCCACAAGGGAGUGAAAGAGCACAAAUGUGGGAUCUGUGGCCGGGAGUUUACUCUGCUAGCCAACAUGAAGAGACAUGUGUUGAUCCAUACCAAUAUCCGAGCCUACCAGUGUCACCUGUGCUUCAAGAGCUUUGUGCAGAAACAGACUCUGAAGGCACACAUGAUUGUUCAUUCUGAUGUCAAGCCCUUUAAAUGCAAGCUGUGCGGAAAGGAAUUUAACAGAAUGCACAAUUUAAUGGGACAUAUGCACUUGCAUUCAGACAGCAAACCAUUCAAGUGUCUCUACUGUCCCAGCAAAUUCACCUUGAAGGGAAACCUCACCAGACACAUGAAAGUCAAACACGGGGUCAUGGAAAGAGGAUUUCAUUCUCCAGGUUUUGGAAGAGGAAGAAUUACACUGUCCCAAACAGGUGUCUUGAGAAACUUGGAACAGGAAGAGCCUUUUGACCUUUCCCAGAAAAGCCAAGGGAAAGGAAUUUCAUUUCAUUCUGAUGGUGAGAGUGCCAAGGGAAGCUCAUGUCAGGAGGAAGAGGAAGACAACUGCUACGAAGCAGAGCAGUACAGUCCUGUCAUGUACCAUCAUGAAAACAACAAGCUGUAUAUGCCCCGAGAUCUGUCUAGCAAACCAGACUACGUGGUGAAAGAUUUCAAAGAGUCCUACUGUGAUGAGAAGGAGGAAAUGUUGCAAGAAGGAGGACUGGAGAAGGGGAAAGGAAAUCAAGACAAAGAAGAAAACCAAGAGGAGAGAAGCUUUGCGAAUAACAAGGAAUGCCUGAGCUUUAGACCCUUUGAAAAGGCCAGACUCAGCCAUUCUCUCUCUGAUUACCUAUACUUCAAACACAGGAAGAACAGUUUAAAAGAAUUACUGGAAAGGAAAAUGGAAAAACAAGCAAUGCUUUUAGGCAUCUAAAUUGACAACUUUUAAGUUACACUUGGAAACUGAGAACUAGGCAGCACAAUCAUGGCUCUUAACAUGAAUUGUGAUUGCCAAAGAUUGGCAGCUUGUAAAAGUCUUUUAGGAUGAACAAGCCAAGUCAAUACAGAUCAUUUUAAGGUAAAAAAAAUAUAGAAUGUUGUAUUUUCUGGUGUAAUUUGACUGCUUUGUUCUUCUGAUAUACAUCAACAUUUUCAUAUGUAUUAAUUUGAUAUAUAAGCAGGCAAUAGGGUGGGUACAGAGGUUUUAUUUCCUUUAUCUAGGACAAUACCAACUUAUACACAAUUUUCUAGUUAUUAAAAAGCAGUGUACUGUAGUGUUUGAGGUAUUAGCUGACUAAAGAAUAUAUAAGAACACUUAUUUAUGCAGGUUUCAAGAGCUCCAAAUAUGCUAAGUAUUUUACAGCAUAUGCAAAAGUAUUGUUAAAUAUGCAUGCAUGAAAAUACUGUCUGUCAUUGAUCUCAGAACUAACACAACCAAGAGGUUCUGAGUUAUUGAAAAUGACUGCUUUAAUACAUCUGUUUACAGUGAGAAAUGGGAAACAAAAUAAGAUGAAACUCUAAUGUCUUGUCAGAUGGGCAACAACUUUAUAAUUCACACUCUUGUGAAAGUACUAGAAUUGGUUCAGAGGCCUUUUUUCUGUGACAUAGGGUAUAGUAAUGCUUUGCUGCAUCUCUAUCAGCAUGGGAGCAUUUAACAAUUCUUGAAAUUAAAUAGCAUGGACUGAGCUGACAUUUUAUUUUAUUGUUUGUUCAGGCCAAUACAUUUGAGGAGCAGCAGCACAUUGUAUUUGCAAAUUUUGCUGUAAUUGCACAUAAGCAAUAAGAAUGAGAGAGAAUUAAUUUAGUUGAGCGCAAUGGUAAAUUUUUCCCAUUAAUCUCUCACCUUCAUUUUGGAGAGCUUUGCUAAUUUGAAAUCCAAUAUCUGAACUGCUUUUGUUUUAAAAGAAACAUUAAAACAGAAUACCCGUCACCCUGCCCAAAAACACCCCACAAAAACCCUGGCGUCUGGUACUUCAAAUCUCCCUUGAUUUGACCCACAAACUUUCUCCCAUUAAUAUAACUGACCAAUAGGAUCCAGCCCUUUCAAGUGAUUAAUAGAAAAUAGAGUUCUACUCAGGCUAUUUUUCAUAACUCAGUCCCAAAUUUUCAUCCUCGGACUCAUGUCUUAUUAUAUUGUAUCAGGUCCCAGACAGGAAGCACUUUAUUUUUAAGCUGUAUUAGUAGGUAUUCAUGCAGUAUACAUGGAGUACUUUGACAGAGUACCCUAUGUCCUUUUUUCUGGCCACUAGUAAAAGCAUUACUCAAAGCACAUUCCUUUAAACGUAGAAUUUUUUUUUUUUUUUUUUUUGACCAGUGCCCUGGUUCCUGUAACUUUGAGAGAUAUGGCAAAGAGCCCAAAGCCAUGCUGUCACUUGAAAGGGAAAUGACAAUGUUCUAAUACCUUGUUAAUUAACUAUGUACUUUUGAGAUUCAAAAUCAAUAACUUAAUAUGUUUAGAUUUACAUAUGGAUACAUAUAUUUUGAAAAAUAUAUGAAAAUUAUUUCCCCCUUUAUUUACCUGUCAAGCCCUCAAUUUAGGAUUCUGUUUUACCCCUGCAAUAUUUGAUGUCUACAGCACAUGAAUUUGUUACAAUAGACACAACUAUUGCAGAAAACAUAUGUUCAUGGGUUAUUAGGAACACAUGCUGAUUGUGUCUGUUUCAAAAUCUCAGUCUUCUACCACUAAAGGAAACCCUCUUGGGUCACUGAAGUAGUUCUCACGUCCUUUCUGUUUGCCACCCGCUACAGGGAAAUACCACUCAUUUAUGGUGUAGCAUGCUGGGUUUGUGCAGUUUGAAUCCAUAGGAAAAGAUAUGCUGUCAUUUCUGUCCACCUUCCAAGGCCCAUGUAUGGGACACAAUAUAUAACAAAGAUUCUGAAUGAGGCGCACAAAAAUGUUACUCCUCCAGGAAACUUAACGAUGGCAGAUCCAUUUCUAUAGUGUAAUUAACUCUUUCUGCUGUGAAUAAUUUUAACAAUAAAAGCCAGGGUACACCAAAUGUGUGUGGAAUGCAGGUAACUUUGGGACUAAAAUGAAUGACCCCCCCCUUUCCCAAAUGAGGUACAUUUGAAAGACCAUAAGAACGGCCAUAGUGGGUCAGACCAAAGGUCCAUCUAGCCCACUAUCCUGUCUUCUGACAGUGGCCAAUGCCAGGUGCCCCAGAGGGAAUGAACAGAAUGGGUAAUCAUCAAGUGAUCCAUUCCCUGUCUCCCAUUCCCAGCUUCUGGCAAACAGAGGCUAACGACACCAUCCCAGCCCAGCCUGGCUAAUAGUCAUCGAUGGACCUAUCCUCCAUGAAAUUUAUCUAGUUCUUUUUGGAACAUUGUUAUAGUCUUGGCCUUCACAACAUCCUCUAGCAAAGAGUUCCACAGGUUGACUGUGUAGGUAUGACCUGCAGGCAUUCAGUGAUGGGUCCAUGCCCUUUUAUCAUGUGCAUAAGUUGUACGUUUUUUCAUUGUGAGACAGUCCAUUCUAGUCACUACAUUAGGUUUAGGUGUCUAUCUUGAAAGCAGCAUGGUUGCAGAGGUAGCAUGGCCUAGUACAUAAAAUAAUGGGCUUGCAUCAUCAGAAUGCAGUUCUGUUCCUGGCUUUACCACCAGACUACUGGGUCACACUGAGCAAGAACUACAGAUGAAGAAUGCUACUUAAAAGUUAGAUAUUAUUAUUAUGUCAUAAGAGACAAAAGGUCACAUGAAGUGCACCGGUCAAAAGACACAAGACAGCAGCUACUCACCGAAACACAAUCUCAUGCAAUAUGGGCCAGAUUUUUUAUAGCUCACUACCCACAGUCAGCCAGAUUUUUAAGUGAAUUCAGUUCCCAGGUAGGCACCAAAGUAAGUGACCAGAUUUUCAAGAGUGCCCAGAGUGGUGGUGAGUGUUUUUAAACAUCUAGCCCUGACUGGAGAAUGCUGAAAUCUGGCCCUGAGCUCUUCUGAAAAUUUGGCUACAAAGGUGGGAUGCUGUAUUAGAGACAUAACCACUGAAAUGUUUCAGAGUAGCAGCCGUGUUAGUCUGUAUUCGCAAAAAGAAAAGGAGUACUAGUGGCACCUUAGAAACUAACCAAUUUAUUUGAGCAUAAGCUUUCAUGAGCUACAGCUCACUUCAUCGGAUGCAUUCCUCUGUCUGUAUCUGUACGAGUUUUUUCAUGAAGUUGACAGAUUUCCACUCCAUACGGCUAAAAGCAGUGCCUUGCAUAAUGACAGGUUUCAGAGUAGCAGCCAUGUUAGUCUGUAUUCGCAAAAAGAAAAGGAGUACUAGUGGCACCUCAGAGACUAACCAAUUUAUUUGAGCAUAAGCUUUCGUGAGCUACAUCCGAUGAAGUGAGCUGUAGCUCACAAAAGCUUGUGCUCAAAUAAAUUGGUUAGUCUCUAAGGUGCCACUAGAACCACUGAAAUGUUGGCUCUGGAAGAGGUUGCAACAAAAUUACGUAGUCUUAGACCCCACCAAAUGCAUAUGCCAAGUGGGCCCUUUGUAAAGUAAGUCACUGCAACUACAUUAGCUCGCCUGGCUGAGUAGCCCAAAGCUUCCAACAACACCUUCACUGUCACCACCGUUCCCCUUUCCUGCUCAUAUAAUCCCAUUUCCCCUCAGAACAACAGUGAGAUGCAGUCCUGUAGCUGAAAGGAAAGGAUAGUCUUCCCCAAAAUGGCAUUACCAUUUGGGAACCAGCAGUAUGGUUUGUAAACCCCUCUUCUCACAGCUGUCCCAGAAAGCAAAGACCACCACAGUUUUCUUUCCAUGAGGUUCUGAGGCAGUCCCAGUCUACUCAUUCCCUCAGCCAUCAACCACCCAAUACUAAUUCAUCUUAGAUCUAUAAAGAACUCAGCCAAAGCAUCCAUGAAUCAGAGAAUGACAGAGGAAUUGCAAACAAAACCAUUACUGAGAUAAUGAUAAGGGCAUGGCACAAAGUGACAAAAGCAAAGAGAUGCAGAAAGAAUAGUCCAUCUGUAGAUGCCUCCAUAUUGCAGGAUAUAGUGUAGCUGGAACUGUGAAAUCUGCCAUAUGUGGGUCCAAAGGAACAAAUUAAGGAGAGUCUCCAUUAUGAAAUGCCUUGCUUUUCUUUUACUUGAUCUUCACUUUGCCAUUUUUGAAGGAUGGAUAUUAAGAGUCUUUAAUAGUUUUAAAAUUUCUUGUAGAAAUAAAAAUUGCACUGACAAGGAAGGUAUUUUCCAGAUCUAAUUUCUAUGUGCUCAGCUUUAAUCAUCUGCUCUGCCUACAGGCAUGGAACUGCUCCAGGUUUAGAUUAUAAAGGAGGCCUACGGUGCAAGGUGGCACAGAAAGCUUCACUUUAUUCAUUUUCUAUAAUCUGGACCUUUAUAAUUGUAUGAUAUUUUAAAAACAUUUUAGAGGAUGCCUCAGUGUGGCCUCUACCUGAUUUUGCCACACUGCCUCAGUGGCCACUUUGGCACAACAGGUCAAAUUAAAGCUCAGCCACCAUGAAAGCUAUAGAUCCAAUUAGGUCAUCCUGGUUUCCUUGGUUAUUACUGGAAUCCAAUUCCACCCUUCAGAACUGAUUAAUAGUGAGUUCAAAGUGUCUAUAAAUUUACUUCACUGAAAUUCUUUGCAGAGCACUUGCUCAAAGAGCUCCAUAGAAGCCUGCUGAAGAAUGGUAGAUUGGCAACUUCAUCAGGAGUGUGGGCAGAAGAGGGGUCAGGACUAAUACAGGUUAUUAAUAGGUAGUUUUACUACCGGGGCAGCACUGGGAUGUUUGAGUUCUGCAAGGUACUGUACAGAGCAGAGUAAGCAAGCAACAAAUUCAAGUGUCAAACUAAACUCAGGAUGAAGAGCUAUGGCACAUCCACUGAGAAAUUUGCAUUAUUGAUAAUGUGCUGCUGCCUGAGCAAGCAUUGAACUUUGCCUUGAAGAAUUUGGUAACAUCUUUUAUGGACUCAACUUUGCAGGCUGCUGAGCAUCUCCUAGAAGGGCUUUACCAUUCACUUCCUGGCUUUUAUAACAUGUUAGCUAUAGCUUGUUUAUCAGACAGGCCAAGUGGUCUUCUGAUGCUGCCACCACAUUCCUCUUUUUAGAGCUCUGUGCCAGUUGUGUAGCCAAUUUUCUAAUCUCAUUAUUCAUCUGGUGCUGCUAGACUCAGGUGCAGCUGGUGUAUAAUUAAGAAGUGUAAUGUAAGUACUGUAUUUAUUGUGCCAAAAAAGUAUUUAAUAAAGUAUUAACAUGUUUUUUGGUAGUAAGUUGUGUCUGCUUAGCUGAACAAGAUGUAACAGCGCUAACAUUUUGUACUCAGCAGAUUUGGAAAAAACAUUGCAGUAGAUGUUUAUUUCAUAGAGAAUGCUGGUUUGCUGUUUAUAGACAAAAACUCAAAAGAAUGAACCAAUUAAAGUUGUGAAUGUUCAGCUUGCGGCACUAUAUCUCGAUGGCAAAAGCAGUUCACCUGAAAAUAACAUGUAAAUUGUAUUUUGUUAAUUUAAGCAAAUAAAGAUAUACGGAAGA